AUGGCCAAUCAAACAAAUUCUUCCAUCCAUGCGGAUGUUGGCGGGCAAUUGCGAAGCAGGCCAGUCGCCUCUGGGCAGAAUCAUCCGCGAAACACUGGUGAAGAUGACCCAAAAGACCCGGCGCAAUUGCACGUCCAUGAGCAGACGCCCCUCCUUCAACGAACGAGCGAAGAAGGUGAGGAUGAAGGCUUAGACUCAUCUAGCCAGGAUUUGGCGGCGUUGAACGCUGGCCUCUGGCGGUCCCGGACAAAAGCAAGUGUCUUUUGGUUAUUCCCAUUCCUCCUCUUGUAUAUGUUAGGCUUUGGCGGUGCUGCGGUUCCCAAGAUUAACCUGAUGGUCUCUCUCACCUGCAGAGACUAUCUGGCCAAAAGAGCCUCUAGCGAUCCUGGAUUCACAUACCUGCCUGUUCUUCUUGGACAGGACAACUCCCAGUGCCAAAUACCGGAAGUUCAGUCCCUCGUUGCCCGCUUUCAACUGUAUUACAAUCUGGUAGUAGGUCUGCUGUCGGCACUGAUUAGCCCUCAAUUGGGCCAUUUAUCGGACCGCUAUGGAAGAACGUCUAUGAUUGCUGUGAGUGCAAUGGGAACGGUACUAGCAGAGAUAAUUACCGUCAUCGUGGCAGCAAAUGCAGAGCAAGUAUCGAUAUAUCUACUGCUUCUGGGCGCUACGUUUGACGGCUUAGGAGGCUCAUUUACCGCUAUGAUGGCCCUGAGCACCUCGUACGCCUCUGAUUGUACCAUUUCGGGGAAACGCAGUGUAGCUUUUGGGUACCUGCAUGGCGCCAUCUUCACUGGAGUUGCAGCUGGGCCGUUCCUUGUGGCUAUACUGAUGAAGAAGACACACGAUAUAAUGAGUGUAUUUUGUUCUGCGCUGGCUCUCCAUGUGCUUUUCUUCUUUGUUGUCUUGCUCGUCGUCCCAGAGUCGCUGUCUAAGGAGCAAAAGCAGAGAGCUCAGGAAAAACAUCAGGUGAAGCUCGCCCAUCAAGAAGAUGUAGGCUGGUUGUCAAUGAACUUUUGGAACCCGAUGAAAAUCAUCGCGCCUCUGGCCGUCUUAUUUCCACCGGCUGGGCGACCUAGCACUCUGUUCCCUAAUCCCGGGGGUGCCAGUCCGGCAUUGCGAAGAAACAUCAUCCUGCUCUCUGUGAUCGAUACGCUUCACCUCGGUAUGGCCCUAGGCACAUCACAGAUUAUUAUUAUCUAUGCGGGAUAUAUGUUCGGCUGGGGAAAUGUCGAAUCAAGCAUAUUCGUUUCCAUCAUCAGUUCCGUUCGCGUCCUCAACUUCUUCAUUGUGCUCCCCAUGAUCACAAGGAUCUUCCGUGAGGAACCAAGGGAGGACCUGGUUAUUUCUGGUUCCGGUGUGCUUGAUGUCGUCCUUAUUCGUGUCUCGAUUCUGCUGGAUAUGAUUGGGUUUGCAGGAUUUGCACUGGCAAAUCACGGCUCGCUUUUAAUCUUGUCGGGAGUCGUUACAUCAUUAGGGGGCAUGGCCGCACCGGUGCUGCAAUCGUCUCUUACCAAACACGUACCCCGCGAUCGCAUAGGACAGAUACUCGGUGCUAAAGGCCUUCUACAUGCUAUUGCUCGAGUAAUAGCUCCUUCCAUCUGCAGUUUCAUAUAUAGUGUGACGGUGGUUCGACUUGAUUUUGACGAUUCAAGAAAUCAUAAUAUCGAUACCGAUGACUACAGAGAAGCAGUUGAGGAUGAACUUUUGCCUUAA